AAAGUAGUACAUAAUCAAUCAGUUGCAUGCAUAUCCUGUCAGAAACGAAGAGAAUCUCAGACCUUCAAAGACACCUUCAAACCUGCGUGGACCUAUGCACUGUAACCAGUCCACACAUAAAAUUACUUAAACUCAUCAUCGGUUCCAGAGUUCUUGAACGGCCACCAAAAACCAAACAUGAUUUGCAGGAGGGUCUGGAGCAAGCGGGUUUGGGUCUCCGGCCACCGGUGGCUCUGUUCUGGUUUAUCGCCGGCGAUGGUGCAUGAAGACCACACCUCUCAAUUUCGUGUGUUCUCAUCUUCCACCUCAUUUCGUUUUGCUGAUAGGAUACCCAAUUCUGGAAUUUCUCAUAAUGGGAAGAGGUGCUGGUUUUCAAGUCAGGGUCAGGUGGUGAAUGAUGUAAAUAGUGGUAAUGGUGUAGUUGAUGUGCCUUUGGCUCAAACUGGUGAAGGCAUUGCUGAGUGUGAACUGCUUAAAUGGUUUGUGAAAGAGGGUGAUCAAGUCGAAGCCUUUCAGCCAAUUUGUGAGGUUCAAAGUGACAAAGCAAGCAUUGAGAUAACAAGCCGUUAUCAAGGAAGAGUUGCUCAAAUAAACUACAUUCCUGGUGACAUUGUAAAGGUUGGAGAAAUUCUUUUGAAAAUGGUGGUUGAGGAAUCUGAGGUUCCAAGGCAGACGUGCCAUAGUUUGGAAAAUACAAAGUCACUAGAUUCUGACCUGAACACACAGAACAUAAGUGCAGUUCUAUCCACACCUCCCAUUAGGAACCUUGCGAAGAAAUAUGGUAUUGAUAUCAAUGAAGUCCAUGGAUCUGGUGACGAUGGGAGAGUGGUCAAAGAAGAUGUCCUUAAGUAUGCUUUGCAGAAGAGAAUCCUUGAAGAUUCAUCUGCCUCCUCGAGUUCUAGUUCUGAUGAAUUUUCUGGAUUAGAAGAGAGUUACUUGCAUGCUUCAGCUAAAGCUGGAGGGAUAUAUGAAGAUAAGACAGUUACCUUGAGGGGCUUCCAGCGCGCAAUGGUCAAAUCAAUGACUAUGGCUGCAAAAGUUCCACAUUUUCAUUUUGUUGAGGAGAUAAACUGCAAUGCACUUGCAGAGCUAAAAGAUUCUUUCCAAAGGAGAAACUCUGAUUCAAGUGUUAAGCAUACUUUCCUUCCAUCAUUAAUCAAGACACUUUCAAUGGCAAUAAGCAAAUAUCCAUUAGUGAACAGUUGCUUCACUGAGGAGUCACUUGAGGUCGUCCUAAAAGGUUCCCACAACAUCGGAAUCGCCAUGGCUACUCCAUAUGGUCUAGUUGUGCCAAACAUAAAGAAUGUUCAGUCUCUUUCCAUCAUGGAGAUAACAAAGGAGCUUUCGCGGUUACUACAAUUGGCAUUGGAAAACAAGCUUAGGCCUGAAGACAUAUCUGGAGGAACAAUUACUCUAAGUAAUAUUGGAGCUAUUGGUGGGAAGUAUGGUUCGCCUCUUCUCAACUUGCCAGAGGUUGCCAUUAUUGCAAUUGGACGAAUUCAGAAGGUUCCACAAUUUGCAGACGAUGGAAGUAUAUAUCCUGCGUCAGUUAUGACGGUUAAUAUAGGCGCUGAUCAUAGAGUGCUGGACGGAGCAACUGUUGCCCGAUUCUGUAAAGAGUGGAAAGAAUUAAUAGAGAAUCCAGAGCUGCUCAUGUUGCAUAUGACAUAGAUGACUUGUCAUGUGCUUAAAUCUAAACUUGUGUUUCUGAGCGGCUGGAGUUGAAAGGAGGAGCACCUUUGCAAAGUUUACUUUCUCAGGAUGUUUACGGAAUCAAGAGGCCAUACAACAGAAGUUCGAGGCUGUAGGUGAAAGCUCAGUAGGCCAUCAUCUUACUCUGGUGCUUCAUCUAAUACAAAUCCUCCAGUAUUUCAAGCAUGGAUACCAAUAAUGUCUUUUAUAGUAUGCAUCAUACCCAUGUAAACUUUGUGUCGAUGUGCCAAAGAGAACUUCUUGUGAUGAGGAGUUCGAUCAACUGUGUAUAUAAAUAAAUGUGCUCUUCUUUUCUGAUAAAUAGUCGUGGUCUUUGACUUGGUUUUGCAGAAGAUGAAGAACGAUUCAUAGAAAGCUAAAAACUAAACGAACUUUACUUUUGGUAUAGCAGAACAAUGAAGAUGGUGUCCAGUUGUUCUUGUUUCUUAAAUGGAUUGAGGAAGAGA